AUGAGAUCAGCCAAAUAUGCCCAUGAUGCCAUCCAUGAUAGAUUGAAGUUGUACUCAGUGACAUCCAACAUCUCCACUACCGCGAUAUCGAGUCUAAAGUCCUUGAAAAGACGAUAUCCUGCUUCUCAUCCAAUCCCGGUGGCGGGCAACAGCGACGAUUGCAUAUUGGACUGUGUCCCCUUGACGACCGAUGGCCAAGGCGAGUUUUUCGAUGAAAUAGCUGGCCGCAGAGUUACCCUCAAGGGAAUCAAUGUCGACUCGCAAACAAAGUUGCCCGCGUCUCCCUAUAUGCCAUCCUACGGCGGGGACAGCACCGACCCAAACAACGUCUUUUUCGAUGGCGACAAUGUUUCGUUUGUCGGCCGUCCGUUCCCACUUGAAGACGCUGCUGUUCAUCUCCAGCGAAUAAAAAACUGGGGCUACAACACGAUCCGAUAUUUGUUGACGUGGGAAGCUAUAGAGCACAAGGGUCCGGGGAUUUACGAUUUGCAGUUUGCCGAGUAUACCGUGGAGAUACUCAAGAUUAUAGCCGAGGUCAAGGGUCUCUAUGUGUUUCUUGAAUUUCACCAAGAUGUGUGGUCACGGUACUCGGGAGGCAGUGGGGCUCCCAUGUGGACUUUUUACGCUGCCGGAUUAGACCCAAGAAACUUUGCAGCUAACGAGGCUGCGAUAUUGCACAAUGACCCAAGAUUCCAUGAAUCGUCCGAGAUUUACCAUAAAAUGUUGUGGACGUCAAACUAUAAAAGAUUGGCCCCCUUGGUGAUGUUCACCAUGUUCUUUGCCGGUAAGAACUACUUCCCCAGUUUGGAAAUGAAUGGCGAAAACAUUCAAGAUUACUUACAAAACAAGUAUCUCGGCGCCGUGGAAUUCAUCUGGAGCUACGUUGUCAAGCAUGUGCCCGAAUUGAUCGAUAAUGGAACAAUAUUGGGGUUUGAAUCGAUGAACGAACCCAACAGCGGGCUUGUCGGGCAUCCGAAACUAGACCAACUCCCAGCAAACCAGCAAUUGAGAGUAGGAACAACUCCGACUGUAUUCCAAGCCAUCAAGUUGGGACUGGGGAUCACAUGCGAAGUUGACGAAUAUCAAAUCACAAUCACGGGACCCAGAAAAUGCGGAACGAGAAUAGUUGACCCUAAAGGUGUCUCGGCGUGGAUGACUCCCGAGGUGGGAAAAGAAGUUGACGCCCGUUAUGGAUUCAAGAGAAGUGACAAUUGGAAAUUGGGCACUUGUCUUUUUGCCCAAGCGGGCAUCUGGGAACCGUCACCUUCUGCACUUGCAACAGCCUCAUCAUCAUCAUCAAAAAACAUGGACGAAAUCACCCAAUCUCAAAGACUUGAAAUCGGCAACAAUUGCAAGAUGCUCGAACCGGAGUUUUUCAGCAAGAUUUAUCCGCAACACAACUACGAGGAACACUUAUCCAAAAGAUUCCCCAAAGUCGACACUGCACUAUUUAUAAAUUAUCAUUUCGUAAACCACAUUAUCAAGUUCAAGCAAGUCAUUCGCAAGUAUCGGCCCGAUGUGUUUGUCCUUUUCUCGACACCAGUUCUUGAAGAACCACCUGAUUUAAUCAAUGACAGCCGAAAAGUCAUAGACGCAAAGACCGUCUACUGCCCCCACUACUACGAUGGGCUUUCGCUCAUGUUCAAAAGCUGGAACUCUCGAUAUAACGUCGACACGUUGGGCAUCAUGCGGGGCUGUUAUCUCAACCCUGUGCUCGGUAUCGUAUUUGGUGAACGCGCCAUUCGAAACUGCAUCAAGAAGCAAUUUAUCGAAAUGAGGAAUGAGUGCAACAAGUACCUCGGCCCGAUCCCCAUCUUGAUGUCAGAAACGGGCAUGCCAUUUGAUAUGGAUGAAAAAAGAUCAUACAGAAAUGGGAAAUACAUUUCACAAACCGCGGCACUCGAUGCAAUCUGCAAUGCAUUGGAAGGGGCCCAUAACAUGUCCCACACGUUUUGGUGCUACAAUAGUCAAAAUAAUCACAAGUGGGGCGAUAAUUGGAACAAUGAAGAUUUUUCAUUUUGGUCACCCGAGGAUCGUGACUUGACAUUUGAAGAUUCCUACACCUCGAUUGAUAACGUCACCAUGCACAAAUUAAACAGCGACUCCACGGCGUCGGUGAUUCCUUCGUUCCCCGCGGGCAAGAAGAAAACAGACCGCAAGUUACGGAAAGCGAAAAGGAAACUUGGCAAGAUUUCAACUAGCAACAGUUCAUCUUCGCUUUCUACAAAGAUGGGAUUCAGUUCCUCCAAAAACAGUACAAUGUCAACCAAUUCAGAGUCAUCAUACGAGCGAACUUUUCUCAAAUCUCCGACUCCAGAAGGCAACAACGGAUAUAACAACAACGACGAGAACCCUGCAUAUGUGGAGGAAGCUUUAAAACUCACCGGCUCGGCACCUGCAGCAACCAGCAUGUCGCGCUCAUCCUCGGUCUCUUCAUCCCAAUCCGUCAUUUCCUCAACUUCGUCAAACGUCCACCAUCAUCAAAUCAAAAAAUGCUUUGCCUCGCCAGAUGGAGUGCGCGCAGUUUCAGCAGUCAUCAGACCAUACUGCAUUGCAACACGUGGAAGGAUUGUUGCCUCGGAAUUCGAUCUCAAGUCUAGAAAGUUUUCACUCCAAAUAAGCAUUGACACUUUCGACAGAAGUAACAACAAGUAUAUCCCCACAGUGGUUUUCGUGCCCAAGUGGCAUUUCCCUUACUUGGAUUACGGAGACGUUUAUUUGACACUGGGGUAUAUCAAGUAUAACGAGCAGUUGGAGUAUAUAGAAUGGUAUCAUGCUCCUGAUCCAAGCAUUGUUGAGGAAGAAGAGGGAGAAGAUGGAAAAGAGGAUGAUGAUGAUGAUAAUGAUGAUGAAAAGAAAACCGCAAUGAAGAAGAAGAAGAACAAUGCAACUUUGAUGCGCACAGAGACUAUCGUGAUUAAGAACAAUAGUGGAAGUCUUGAAGAGAUGAAGCUGAUUGAAAAAGGUGGUUCUGACCUGAGCUGUCCCAUCACCUAG